GGCGAUGGCCAGGGCCGGGGCGCUGGCGGGUCUGGUGGCGGGCUUUCAGAGCCCGCGAGUCGUCUCCAGCCCGGAUUCGGAUUCAGACACAGACUCGGAAGACCCGAGUACGCGGCGCAGCGCGGGCGGGCUACUCCGCUCGCAGGUCAUCCACAGCGGUCACUUCAUGGUGUCGUCGCCGCACAGCGACUCGCUGACCCGCCGGCGAGACCAGGAGGGGUCCCUGGGAGUCACCGACUUCGGGCCGCGCAGCAUCGACCCCACACUCACCCGCCUCUUCGAGUGCAUGAGCCUGGCCUACAGUGGCAAGCUGGUUUCUCCCAAGUGGAAGAAUUUCAAAGGUCUCAAGCUGCUGUGUCGGGACAAGAUCCGUCUCAACAACGCCAUCUGGAGGGCCUGGUAUAUCCAGUAUGUGGAGCGGAGGAAGAGCCCCGUGUGUGGCUUCGUGACCCCCCUGCAGGGGCCUGAGGCUGAUGAGCACCGGAAACCGGAGGCCGUCGUCUUGGAGGGCAAUUACUGGAAGCGGCGCAUCGAGGUGGUGAUGCGCGAGUACCACAAGUGGCGCAUCUACUAUAAGAAGAGGCUCCGUAAGUCCAGCAGGGAAGGGGAUCUCCAGGCCCCAAAGCAGGCGGAAGGAGGGUGGCAGCCACCGGAGCGAUGGUGCGAGCAGCUCUUCACCAGCGUGGUGCCUGUGCUGCUGGGGGGCCCAGAGGAGGAGCCUGGCGGGCGGCAGGUUCUGGAUCUCGAUUGCUUUCUCUCCGACAUCUCCGACACGCUCUUCACCAUGACCCAGCCCAGCCCCACGCCCCUGCAGCUGCCCCCCGAGGACGCCUAUGUUGGCAAUGCUGACAUGAUCCAGCCAGACCUGACGCCUCUGCAGCCCAGCCUGGAUGACUUCAUGGAGAUCUCAGAUUUCUUCACCAACUACCGCCCUCCACAGACGCCUACACCUUCAAACUUCCCAGAGCCCCCCAGCUUCGGCCCUAUGGCUGACCCUGUCCUCAGCAGUGGGAUCCUGGGCUCGGAGGUGCCCCCUGCCUCCUCGGGCAUGACCCACCUCUCCGGGCAUAACCGCCUGCAGGCUCGCAGCAAUUGCCCUGGCCCCCUGGACUCCAGUGCCUUCCUGAGUUCUGAUUUCCUCCUUCCUGAAGACCCCAAGCCCAAGCUCCCACCUCCUCCCCAACUCCCACCCCUCCUCCAAUACCCUAGCCCUGCCAAGGAGCUUGGCUUGGAGCCCUGUGCCCCACCACACUUCCCUCCCAUGGCUCUGCCCCCUGCUCUGCUGCAGGAAGAGCCUCUCUUCUCUCCUAGAUUCUCUUUCCCUACAGUCCCUCCUGCCUCAAGAGUGUCCCCAGUGUCUGGUCCCACAGCCUUCCCACCCACCCCACAGCCUGGCCCGGGCCCUGCCCUGGCCCCCUUCCCCAUAGACCUUCUACCCUCAGGGUGUUCAGACCCCCCGUUUGGGCCUCACUUCACAGCGCCUCAAGGCGCACGGCCUAGAGUCAAGCCCCCCACCCCAUCCCCUAGGGGACAGAAGCCCAGUACCCCCACCUUGGUCCCUGCCACUGCCAGCCCCACUGCCACUGCCGGGGGCCACAACCCUUGCCUCACACAGCUGCUCACAGCAGCCAAGCCUGAGCAAGCCCUGGAACCACCACUUGUGUCCAGCGCCCUCCUCCGGCCCCCAGGGUCCCCGCAGGAGACAGUCCCUGAAUUCCCCUGUACCUUCUUUUCCCCGACCCCGGCCCCUACACCACCCGGGCCACUUCCAGGCCCGGCCACACUGGCCCCUCCCAGGCCCCUGAUUGUCCCCAAAGUGGAGCGGCUUUCACCCCCAGCAUCCAGCGGUGGUGAGCGGCGGCUGUCUGGGGAGCUCAACUCCCUGCCGGGCCCAGGGACUCUGAGGAUCCGCAUCUCUCCCCCUCAACCCAUCCUAAGCCAGGGCCGUCCAGACAACAAGACGGAAAACCGGCGCAUCACGCACAUCUCUGCAGAGCAGAAGCGGCGCUUCAAUAUCAAGCUGGGGUUUGACACGCUGCAUGGGUUGGUGAGCACACUGAGCACCCAGCCCAACAUCAAGAUGAGCAAAGCCACCACACUGCAGAAGACGGCCGAGUACAUCGCCAUGCUGCAGCAGGAGCGUGCGGCCAAGCAGGAGGAGGCCCAGCAGCUCCGGGACCAGAUCGAGGAACUCAAUGCUGCCAUUAACUUGUGCCAGCAGCAGCUGCCUGCUACAGGGGUGCCCAUCACACACCAGCGGUUUGACCAAAUGCGAGACAUGUUUGAUGACUAUGUCCGGACCCGCACGCUGCAUAACUGGAAGUUCUGGGUAUUCAGCAUCCUCAUUCGGCCUCUGUUCGAGUCCUUCAACGGGAUGGUGUCCACAGCAAGCCUGCAGAGCCUCCGCCAGACCUCACUGGCCUGGCUGGACCAGUACUGCUCCCUGCCUGCUCUCCGGCCAACUGUUCUGAAUUCCCUACGCCAGCUGAGUACAUCUACCAGUAUCCUGACGGACCCGGACUGUAUACCCGAGCAAGCCACACGAGCAGUCACAGAGGGCACCAUUGGCAAAUCUUUAUAGUGCUGGCCAGACCCUCCGCUCACUCAGCUGCCCUGGGGCUGCUUUCCCUGGGCACUCCCCUCUGUCCCAGGUCCCUGGCGGUCAAGAAGGGUUUCUUCUGAUCUCCUGGAAGCCAGGAAGAACUGGCUGUGACCUGGGGGACUUAUCCUCCCUAUUUGGACUUCCAUUUUCUGGUCUGCAAAUUGGGGAUGGGGACGCUUCAACCGGAAGAUGAUCCCAAGGCCUUAGCAGCUGUGGUGCUUGGGGCCUAAGCUGGCAACUCAGGGAGUUUGAAGGAGGGAAGGGGACAUUCCUGUUUCCUUGUCACUCCUACCUGGCCCCCUACAGGCAGGGCUCAGGCCUCUAUUUCUGAGCAGGGAAGCCAAAAAAGAGGUUCCUUCUCUUUGCUCCUCCACUGGUAGCCUGGUGGGGUUGCAUGAAGGCGACCCUGGGUGAGGCCAGGCAGGUCUGAUCCUGGGAGAGAUCAGAGCAGGGCGUGGCCAAACCAGGGCAGGCAUCUGGUGUGUGUGUGUAUGCAUGUGUGUGUAUUUUGUAAAGAGUUCUUGACCAAUACAAAUAAAAACUGUUGGGGACUGUCAGCGUGUCUCACUCUGGGAUGGAGAGAGAGCAGUUGGCAGUGGGAGGUGGACUUACAGGGGCCUCACAGGCCAUGAGAGGGCCUCAGCUUGUCCUCUGAGCUGGAAGCCCCUGGAGAAUUUUGAGUGGAGGCAAGACAAAAUCAGACGUAACUUCUCAACAGGAUCCCUCUGGGUGCUGAGUUGAGAAUAGGACGUGAGGGGUCAGUUUCAGGUAUUGUUGUCAUCCAGGCGAGAGAGGACAGACACUCAUGCUGGAAAUCUUCCCUCUGUGGCCAGGAGGAGGUUCAGAGAGGCUCACCACCUUCUAUGUUAGAGGAGGGCAGAUCUGGGACCAGGGAGUGGGGGUGACAGGGCCUUCCACUGGAAUCAUCCAAAAGAAAAUGCUGCCCCAGAGGGUAGUGACUGCCCUACGGAGUGAGAUGCAAGCAGAGGGUGGGCAGCCACUGGGUCAGGAUAUCUUAGAAGGAGCUGAUACUGCAGAUGGGGAGCUGGGUAAAUGGCCCCAGUCCUUCAUUGAUCCUUUCAUUGAUCCAUUGAACAAAUAUUUCCUGGGACUGCUCUGGUCCAGGCACUGGUCCUGGCUCUGGGGAUUUUGCUUACCGCUGCAUCCCUCUCCUCUCCAAUGAGCUGACACUCAAGCCUGGCGAGUCUAAAUCCUCUCAUGUCCUCAGAACCUUCUGAAGAUGUUUGUAGGCUAGAAAGAGCAGAUGGUCUUCUGGGGGCUUUGAUUUCCCGCAUUUGUGUAGAAUACUAAUAACAAGAACAUUUAUAACUGGACACUGAUCUAGUGUUUGCCACGUGCCAAGCACGAUUCUAAGCACUUUAUGUAUAUUCAGUCCCUUAAUCCUCAUGACACCUACAUCUAUAGGCCUGUUGUGAGGCCUGAGGGGUAAGUAUACACAAAGCACUUACAACAGUGCCUGGCAUGUAACACGAAGAGAGAGUUAGCAUAAUGACUACUAUUGUCCCCACUUUACAGGUGAAAAAUUGAGGUACAGAGAGAUUAGCCCAAGGUUGCACGGUUAGCGGAGUGCCCACCCAGACUAUCUGACUUCAGAGUUUCUGCUUUUAGCCACUUUCUACUGGGCAGGUGACAGGUGUACCUAGCUUUUAAGUGCUGCUGCAGACAAGAAGCUCUCUAAAAGGUAAAAUCUUCUCAGUCUGUGCUCUGCUGUGUUCACCCAUGCACCCUGCCAGGAAGGUCCUCAUACGACUUCCCCUUGACCCUGCGUCCCCUCUAGAUGCCACCUUCCCUUGAGAGAGUCAUCUACACCUGCUCCCUCCUCCCCUCCCACACCUGCCUUUGGGCUCCUCCUCCCUCCCCCGUCUGCCCCAGCCUCACCCCUGCCCUGGCUCACCUGACUCCCUUGUUGCCAAAUCCAAAUCUAACACUUUGCCGUCCUUUUCUUGCCUUCUCCUGGGCCCUUGGACCUCCUCCUUGAGCCUCCCCCUUGAACCAAGCUUUCCCAGCAAAUCCAGACUUCUCACCAGGCCCUCCUUCAUCCUGACAGCAUCUUCUCAGUUCCUGCUGUGGGAGACUCUUCUUCCACCUGUCCCUUCCUCGGCCCACUUCCCAUCUCACUCUCAGGCAAGACUCAGCAAUGCCAUCCCCUCCGGCCCCUCUGCUGAGGGCUCUCUAUUCUGUAUCUGCACUGUCCUCUCCCCAGAACUACACAAUCACAUAUCUGACUGCCACCCUGAGCCCUCCAUCUGAAUGUUCCACAGCAUCCUUAACCUUGAAGGAGCCAAAAUAGAACUCAUCAUUUUCAAGACUGAAGCACAUAGUCUUCCCCCUCCAACUGGAACCUUCCUCUGCUCCCCAUGCCUAGGAAGGGCACCACCAUCUAGACACUUGUGGAAACAAGAAACAGUCAUCUUUGGCUCUUCCCCAUACCCUGCUGCCCUGUGGUAUCUGUUACCAAGGCCUGGCCAGUUGACCUCAUAAGCAUCUAUCCCCAUGGCCACUGCACUAUUCCAAAUGGAACAUCAUCUUUACAUACACUCACUCUCUUUUAUUUUUUUCGAUUUAAA